UUCUCGAAUAGCCGACUCCCCCUUUCUCAAAACCAUCACCCCACGCAUGCUUGCUUUUACGUACAUACCCACAACACCACAACUACACAUGCAUCCAUCAUCCCGCCUUUCCCCUAUAUAAACCCCCACAUCUCCAAUUCAUUAAUAUUCACAAAAUAUACCGACGUGACUGUGUACAAAUUUAUUUCAAUUUGUCCAUCAUGGGCUUCUUCCCUGCAAUCUCCUUGUCCCUCUUCUUCUUCUUCUUCUCCUCCGCCCACGCAGCGACCUUCGAAAUCCGCAACCAAUGCCCCUACACCGUCUGGGCCGCCGCCUCACCCGGGGGCGGCCGCCGCCUCGACCGCGGCCAAACCUGGACCCUAACCGUCCCCGCCGGCACCUCCAUGGCCCGCAUCUGGGGCCGCACCAACUGCAACUUCGACGCCGCCGGCCGCGGCCGCUGCCAGACCGGCGACUGCGGCGGCGUCCUCGCUUGCAACGCGUGGGGCCAGCCACCGAACACCCUCGCCGAGUACGCGCUCAACCAGUUCGGCAACCUCGACUUCUUCGACAUCUCCCUGGUGGACGGCUUCAACAUCCCGAUGGAGUUUAGCCCUGCGUCGCCUGCGUCGGGAAAAUGCCGGCCGAUAUCGUGCACGGCAGACAUAAACGGGCAGUGUCCGAGCCCGCUGAGGGCUCCGGGCGGGUGCAACAACCCGUGCACGGUGUUUAAGACGGCGGAGUACUGCUGCAACAAUGUGAAGUGCGGGCCGACGGAGUUUUCGAGGUUCUUCAAGCAGAGGUGCGGAGAUGCGUACAGCUACCCUCAGGAUGAUCCCACCAGCACCUUUACUUGCCCCGGUGGGACUAAUUAUCGCGUCGUAUUUUGCCCUAGAGGGUCGUCUUCUAGUUUUCCAUUGAAGAUGUAUGGGAGUGCGUACAGAUGAUGCAGAAUGAUGGAUUUAUACACAUGCGCGUACUCACGUGAGGCACGUAGUGUUAUAAGUUAUGAGAUAUGCUUUAUGUCGAGGGGGUCUUUGGAUGGACUUGUGUGCGAGAGCUAGCUAGCUCAUGGAAUAAGUGUUGCGAUGGAAUAGAUAUAAAUAUGGUUUAUGUUAAUUUUUAUGUUAUGUAUUUGGUAAAGCAUACCAGGUAUGAUUAAUCAUCUCAUACCACUUUAAUUGGUAAGGGUGACUUAUUAUUUUGGUAACUCUGAACUCAUGAGUUUGAUUUU